AUGGGUUGCUUCACAGGUUUGAAAAUCAAGAAGAAGAAAUCCAACAAGGUUUCCAAAGAGCACGCCAACGUGAAGGAGAAGUCUCUAGCCGCGCUCCCUGAGCCGGUGAUUCAUGGGAGAUCUCUCCAAUCUGCUCCUCCAAGUUUUAAAACCAGAUCCAAAGCUGACCAGCCUUGUAACCGAACCGGCAUCAGCAGAGCUCGAGUAUUGUCUGCGCCUUCCAGCCUUGCUGUGGCAGAUGAGGAUCGUCUAUGGUCGAUUGAGCUUGAAGAACAAGAAGAAAAUAAGAAUAGUGGACCAUUUAUGAAGGAACAACGUGUCUCGAAUCCACAGCCUCUACCACUUCCAGAACCACAGGAUUCUUCCAUUUUGAAGAAUAUGGGUAGUUUUAAAGCGAGUACUUCAAACAGUUCUUCUCUCACUUCCGGACCCUUGCCUCUUCCACCAUUUAGGGGGCUGAGAAGCUUUUCCUUUAAAGACAUUGCAGCGGCCUGUCAAGAUUUCUCCAGUGACAAAUGUGUAUCAGAAGGUCUUUCAUCCGUAGUCUAUGCAGCUUCUUUUGGAGAUGAUGCCUCGUCAUCCAAGAGGCGUGAAGCCUCUGUCACUCGUAUUUUAUCAUCCACUCAGGUAUCAUCACCUUGCACUAAUUUUGAACUGUAUGCAGUUUUUGAGACUCACAUAACAUUCGGUCAACAUUCUACAUUUGCCAUUCCAGAAUACCUGUGUUUCCCCUUCUCGGAUUCUCGAUUUUGCUAUAUUGUGGCAGCAUGUUUCUAAUAACCCUUGUUAGCGGUAUUAGGGAGAUCUGUGGCCACUGUUUCGCCAUGUAUGCAGCUGGCGAUCCCAGUUGUUCAAAGUUUAGAUCCACUGAGAUAGUGAAUUUCCUCUUUUCAUUGUUCUAGGAAUCCAGAGCUUCUUAACCCUAUUUUCGAAACAUAUGUAGUUUUAUUUGACUUUUAAUUCAUCAAUAGGUCAGAUUAUUGUGUGAAGACAAUUGCUCCCCAGUUAGGGGAUUACGAAAAGUCAAUCCUAAUGCCGACUUCCAGGGUACUAACCAGUGCCAAUUUACAUGUCACAACUUGCAGGGCUUCAAGGAAUUCGUUAGUGAAGUGCUCCUUAUCUCAUCUUUGCAACAUCCACUUCUCUGUAAAUUGCUUGGAUUCCAUGCACGUGAGGGCUCCAAUCAACGGAUGUUAGUUUAUGAGAGGCUUUACCAUGGAAGCUUGGAUCGACUGCUUUAUGGGAGAUCUGACGGACCAUCCAUUGACUGGGCUACCCGGAUGAAGGUGGCGCUCUGUGCUGCGAAGGGUCUUCUGUUCUUGCACGAGGAAGGGCCAUUUCAGGUAUGCUGGCCAUUUUUUUUCUUUCUUUUUUGCUCCCCCUUUACCUUUAUCAUCAGCAAUUAGACUAAUUCUAUGUGAUUUAUAAAUCUUAGAGAUUUUCUCCAUUAGGGAUCCCCCCACCCCCAAAGUGAUGCACUGAUUCAGUGAUGGGCCUAUUUACCAUUUUUGUUGGGAAAGGCAUCUGUGUAGAUUAGGAAGACAGUCGAGAUAAAUUCAUACUAGUCAACUAGAAAAUUCCCUGCGUAUGUCCCCAAUUAUUCACGGAUCUCUGGGCGUGCCAGAUAUUGUUUCUUUAGAUUGUCUGAUUAUCUGACUUCCUCUUUUCGACAUUUGGGUCAUUUUUUUAGGCCAUGUACAAUGAGUUCUCCACAGCAAAUAUACAGAUUGACAAAGAUUUCAGCGCAAAGCUUUCAGGCUACGGAUGUGUGAGCUACAACUCAGAGGCAGAGAUCUUGAACUCCUCGGUACAUAUCUUCCUCCUGCUCCCCUGCCCAGCUGAUGUUCAUUGCAUCAUCAUCAUCAUCAUCAUCAUCUGAUAUUCAGCUUUAAAUCAUCGCCUGAAUCAGCAAAUCAUAAUUUUCCUUUCUGGGCAGGCUGUUGCGAGCAUAUCAGUGGAAACUCUUGAGAAGGGCCUGCUCACGCCGAAGAGCAACGUCUGGAGCUUCGGGGUCGUCCUCCUGGAGCUGCUGACCGGAAGAAAGCACCUUGAUCCCCGCCACACAAAGGAGGAUCGGAACCUGGUGAAAUGGAGCAGACCGUACCUCACAGACAGCUGCCGCCUGCCCCUCAUCAUGGAUCCUCGGCUCAAAGGGCGAUUCCCCCUCAAGGCAGCCCGCACCAUUGCCGACCUCGCCCUGAGAUGCCUUCAGAAGGACCCGUCUGAGAGGCCCACCAUGAGAGCCAUCGUCGAUACCCUCGAGGAUGUCCAGGAGAUGAAGUAUUCAUGCAGGUUCCGCCUCCAGGAGCCUACCGCCGCUCCCGUGAAGCUCAUGCAGAGGUCCCCCAGCCUCAACGGGAUCGUCGUCCCCAUGCCGAGAUCGAGCUUCUCCCUCUCGCCGCCAAGGCCCACGGUGACUGAACCUCAUCCUCUCCAGAAGUGUUCUUCCACUCUGUCGUUUCAGGACAGCCAAGCAAUCCCCGUCCGGAGAACGCCACUGCUGCUGCCACUGCGGAGGGCUGGAGUGGAAGGGUUCUAA